UUUUGAUUCUUAUGUGUUCACCGCUGUUGCGCCCACCAAAGGACUAAAUUUAGAGAGAGAAACACCAAAAGCCAGUGAAAGCAAAAAAACAAGAGAUAGAAAUACUCUUAACGCUCCUAUUUCUGAAUGUGACAUUUUAUACGUACACUCUUUCUUCUUUCUGUGGUAUCCUCUUCUCUUUGUUCCCACCGAUUCUUCAGAUCCCAUUUCUUCUUUCUUCUUUCUUUUUUUUUUUUCCAUUUACUCUUUUUUUUUUUAAAGAAUUUCCCCCUUUUUUUCUUACAUCUAAUUCAUUCUAGAGUUACCAAAUCUUCAUUUUUGUUGUUGUUUCAUGAAAUUAUUAUCUGGGUUUCAUCCCAUUUUGGGUUUUCUUGCUCAAGUUUGUGUCAUUUUAAUCUUCUAGAGCUUUUUUGUCGGAUUUAACCUGUUGAGAUCUGUGGACUGUGGUUUAUGUUAGGUUCUCUUUGAAUUUACUUCCGGUUACCCAUUUCCAUUAUCAGGUUAUUAUUUUUAUUUGUCAAAAAAAGGGAAGGAUAUACUAGUUUAGUAGAUAUAAUUGAACGGUUGAACUCUGUUCCUAAAUAUCAGGUUAGAGUAACAUUUAUUUGAAAUUUUAAUUUUUCUAGCUAAAAAGAUUGUAUUUUGGGAUUAUUAUUUGAGAUCCAGAAAAUGCAUAAGCCUCCUCAUGAAGAUUUUUCUCUCAAAGAGACUAAUCCCCACCUUGGUGGGGGAAAAGUCACUGGAGAUAAGCUAACUAGCACUUAUGACCUUGUUGAGCAAAUGCAAUACCUUUAUGUUAGGGUUGUUAAAGCUAAAGAUCUUCCUAGUAUGGAUGUUACUGGUGGUUGUGACCCUUAUGUAGAAGUGAGGCUUGGUAAUUAUAAGGGUACGACUCGACAUUUCGAGAAGAAGAGUAACCCUGAAUGGCAUCAGGUUUUUGCCUUUUCAAAGGAUCGAAUUCAGGCUUCGAUUCUUGAGGUUAAUGUGAAGGAUAAGGAUGUUGUUAAGGAUGAUUUUAUAGGUAGGAUUUAUUUUGAUCUUAGUGAGAUCCCGAAAAGGGUUCCACCCGAUAGUCCUUUGGCACCACAAUGGUAUAGGCUUGAAGAUAAGAAGGGUGAUAAGUCAAGAGGAGAGUUGAUGUUAGCUGUUUGGUGGGGCACUCAAGCUGAUGAAGCAUUUCCUGAGGCGUGGCACUCGGAUGCCGCCACUGUUAGUGGUAGUGAUGCUCUUGCUAAUAUUCGUUCGAAGGUGUAUCUUUCUCCUAAGCUUUGGUAUUUGAGGGUUAAUGUGAUUGAGGCUCAGGAUUUAGUUCCGAGUGACAAGGGUCGUUUUCCCGAAGUUUAUGUAAAGGCUAUACUUGGAAACCAGGCUCUUAGAACUAGAGUAUCCCAGAGUAGGACCAUCAAUCCUAUGUGGAACGAGGAUCUUAUGUUUGUAGCAGCAGAGCCUUUUGAAGAGCCCUUGAUUUUGAGUGUGGAGGAUAGAGUCGGGCCUAACAAGGACGAAGUGUUGGGGAGGUGCGCCAUUCCGUUGCAAUGUGUUGAUAGGCGGCUUGAUCAUAAACCAAUACUAUCUAAGUGGUUCAAUCUUGAAAAACAUAUUAUCGUUGAUGGCGAGAAAAAGAAGGAAAUCAAGUUUGCUAGUCGCAUUCAUAUGAGAAUUUGUUUAGAAGGUGGUUAUCAUGUUUUGGAUGAGUCGACUCAUUACAGUAGCGAUCUCAGGCCAACUGCUAAGCAGUUGUGGAAGCAUAGCAUUGGAGUUCUAGAACUUGGUAUCUUAACAGCACAAGGUUUGAUGCCUAUGAAGGUGAAGGACGGCCGUCAGAUGACUGAUGCUUAUUGUGUUGCCAAAUAUGGUCAAAAAUGGGUCAGGACGAGAACAAUUAUUGAUAGCUUUAGCCCAAAGUGGAACGAGCAGUAUACAUGGGAGGUAUACGAUCCUUGCACCGUCAUCACUGUUGGUGUAUUUGACAACUGUCAUCUACACGGAGGAGGAGACAAGGGUGGCGGAGCAAGAGAUUCUAGAAUUGGAAAAGUGAGGAUUCGUCUUUCAACCCUUGAAACUGACCGCGUGUAUACUCAUUCAUACCCGCUGUUGGUAUUGCAUCAAACCGGAGUGAAGAAAAUGGGUGAAAUCCAAUUGGCCGUAAGGUUUACUUGUUCGUCAUUGCUCAAUAUGAUGCAUAUGUACUCCCACCCGUUGCUGCCAAAGAUGCAUUAUCUCAACCCGUUAACUGUAAGCCAGCUCGAUAACUUAAGGCACCAAGCCACCCAGAUUGUGUCGAUGAGGUUGAGUCGAGCUGAGCCACCUCUGAGGAAGGAAAUAGUCGAGUAUAUGUUGGAUGUGAGUUCUCACAUGUGGAGUAUGAGACGGAGCAAGGCAAAUUUCUUCCGAAUUAUGAACGUCUUGUCUAGUAUAAUCUCGGUAGGAAGAUGGUUUGACCAAAUAUGCAACUGGAAGAAUCCUGUCACCACUGUUCUUAUCCACAUCUUGUUCUUUAUUUUGGUUAUGUACCCAGAACUUAUUUUGCCUACCAUAUUCUUGUAUUUGUUCCUGAUCGGCGUCUGGUACUAUCGAUGGAGGCCAAGACAUCCUCCCCACAUGGACACUCGUCUUUCUCACGCAGAUUCCGCACACCCUGAUGAACUGGAUGAAGAAUUUGAUACAUUUCCAACAUCAAAACCGGCUGAUAUAGUAAGGAUGAGGUAUGAUCGUUUGAGAAGUAUAGCCGGGAGGAUCCAGACUGUCGUUGGCGAUUUGGCUACUCAGGGUGAGAGGCUCCAGUCUUUGCUUAGCUGGCGGGAUCCAAGAGCAACGGCUUUGUUUGUCAUCUUCUGCUUGGUUGCUGCUAUCGUAUUAUAUGUCACACCGUUCCAGGUUGUGGCUCUGCUGACCGGGUUUUAUGUGCUAAGACACCCAAGGUUCCGUCAUAAGCUCCCAUCCGUUCCCCUUAAUUUCUUCAGAAGGUUGCCUGCUCGUACAGACUCGAUGUUAUGAGACUUUGCUGAAAACUUUUUUUUUCGAUCGUUAGCUGGAUUCAUUUUGGAUGGCACCCGUUUUCCUGUAUCAUAAAGCUGCUGAUUCUAUAGUGCUCAUUUUGGUAUGAUUAGUGACGAGAAUGCUAGAUAUGGUAUGCUAUUUUAGCCCUUGUCUGCAAACUCGUAGAAUCGAGGUUCUAUGCUUUGUCUAUCUUGUAGAAUCUUUGGCCUGUUUGUUGAAUACAUGAGAACCCUGUUUAUGUCUCAA